CUGAGUGGUGAUUGGUGGAUGUUUGUCUCGUCUGGAGUGGCGAUAAUAUAUCUCUUGCCCACAGAUAAUUCCAGCAUUUUAUCAGACUCAUUGAUAAGCGUGGCGAUGAAGUCCCUGAUUUUCCUCUGCGUGCUAGCUGUCUGCAGCUCUCUGGCCUCUUGCAAACCCACUUCUGAGAAGAAGGACAGGGUGCAUCAUUCUGUUGACCUGGGAGAACGGGACCAUGCAGAUCAGAAAGGCUACCAGUUUGAUCAUGAGGCCUUCCUGGGGAAGGAAACAGCCAAGACCUUCGACCAGCUCACACCGGAGGAGAGCAAAGAGAGGCUGGGGAAAAUCGUUGAUCGGAUUGACCAGGAUAAAGAUGGUCUGGUCACCGCAGAGGAGUUAAUCACCUGGAUCAAGCGUGCGCAGAACCGGUACAUCGAUGAGAAUGUUAAUAAGAAUUGGAAGGAAUACGACAGUAAUCGGGAUGGGAAGGUGUCAUGGGAGGAGUACAAGAAUGCUACGUAUGGAUUCUACGUGGGUGAAGAGUUCAAUGAUGUGGAUGACAAGGAAGCCUACAAAAGGAUGUAUAAGAGAGAUGAGCGUAGAUUCAAAAUGGCGGACAAAGACGGUGAUCUGAUUGCCACACGGGAGGAGUUUAGUGCAUUCCUUCACCCUGAGGAGUUUGACUACAUGAAGAGCAUUGUUGUCAUGGAAACAAUUGAAGACAUUGACAAAGAUGGUGAUGGAAUGGUUAAUCUGGAAGAAUACAUCAGUGACAUGUACACACCCGAAGAAGGUGAGCCCGAGCCUGAUUGGGUGAGGAAUGAAAAAGAGCAAUUCCGUGACUUCCGUGACACAAACAAGGAUGGGAAACUUGACCACAGUGAGAUUGAGCAUUGGAUCCUCCCCGGAGACUAUGACCACACAGAAGCAGAGGCCAGACAUCUUAUCCACGAGUCUGACAAAAACCAGGAUGGCAAACUUUCAAAAGAAGAAAUCUUGGAGAAGUAUCACAGAUUCGUAGGGAGCACUGUGACAGAUUUUGGAGAAUUGAUGGUUCAACACGAUGAGUUUUAACCAGCACUGAUUGCUGAGUCUCAUUUUCCCAUCAUUGCUGUAUGUAAGAAGCUGUGUAGCUUCUUGUCAUUUGAAGGGUGGGGAGGGCUAGAUUUUAACUUGUACAAGAAUGCAGACUCUCUUAAUUCAUUUCUUUGGACGAUUUUGUCCCCACUCCUUUUUUUAGUCCUUACUUAAUCCUCACACCUUUAUUUCAGUACGACUUCCACUUUUGCAGAGCCAGAUUUUAGCAGAUUAUGGUUUUAGUAAUCUUGUGACAAAUUGAGGAUAGGAAGUUGGUGGAAUGGAGAACGUGUAGGAAGAGAGGGGAGUGGUAGAGAAGAGGAAUCCUUGUGAUUACGUGAGACAUUUGGCACUGGGUGUGUUUGUUGGCAAAGGGUAUAUUGGAUAUUACAAAGGUGUUUGUGGCAUAGUACAAUGUUACUGGACUAGUUAUGCUGGAGCCCAAGGUUCACAUGCCUGGAGUGGAGUCGUAAACUCAAUUCCAGCUUUUAUUAAUGGAGUUUAUCAGAACAUGGCUAUUGUUGCUAGUAAUCCUUUUUUUAAACCAACCACCUGAGUUCUAAAAUGUCACUUGGAAAAAGAAAUCUGCUAUCCUUACCUAGUCUGGCCUAAAUGUGCCUCCGUAUCCACAAUGUGGUUGAUGUUCAACUGCUUUGAAGGGCAAUUGGAAUAGGUAACAAACUUUUAUGGAACAAAAUGUAAAGUAAACUGCAUCUAACCAUUGAGUAUGAAAUGGGUACACAACAGCUGAGGUUACCAAUGAUGUUCCCACUUCCUCAACCUUAAGUGUGGUGACCCUCAGGUUAAACUACAACCGUAUCUCCCUCUCUUAAUGAGAGAGCAGCCCUCCAGUCUUCUGGGCCAAUGUCCACUUGUCCUUUCAGACAGGUAUAGCUGAUGCUGACACAUGAUUCUGUCUGCGACACUAUUACCCUUCCUCAGCUCAGAAAUUCUGCUCUGAUCCUGGUGUGAAUGUUGCUGUUGGGCGCCGUUGAGAAGAACCAGCUAAUGCCCAACAAUCAUGCAGUGGAAUACCUACUGAAAUAAUUGGUUUGACCAAGUUAAAACUCCUGUAAAUUAUGUCAUUAUACUGCAUUGACAGAGAAUAAUGUACCAGUUGGUGCUUGUUGGCUCUGAAAGGCUUCUGGACACCUUCAUUUAGUUCCAAGGUCACCCAGACCUGAACAAGGCUGGCCUAUCUCCCUAAUGAGGAGGAAAGUGUCAGUGAAGCUUGUAAGUAUGUUUCUCAGUCAUGGGAACUUCCUUCAAUCGUUGUGCCCUGCUGUGUGUUCAGAAUACACAGUGUCCCUACCUCUGAACCAGGAGGUUUGGAUUCAAGUCCAACCUGCUCCAACAGUGUGUCAUAACAGUGAUUUGGGAGGAGGGGAAACACAGGUUUUAAAAAGUCUACAAACACACCAGCUACAGAUCAUUAUGUGGAAAAUACAGUGCCAUUGACCUUCCCAACCCUUCGCAUUAAGAUUCCAUCACUAAAUUCACCUCAUUUGAAUUAUUACAUCCCAUGAGGUGACUAUUUAGUCUGAAGCUGGUUCCCAACUUGCUGUAGACUAAUUAAGUCAGUCUUAUUCCUCCCCUUUAUUCCCUUAGCCCUGCAGGAUUAUUCCCCUACCUAUCCAUCCCACUAACCCUAGAAACUAUUCUCCCUUCUUCCACCACCCUCCUGGGUAAAAAUGAUAGUUGUCCUCCCACCCCACUUACCUAACUACAUCUGCCUACAUCCACUUCCCCACCUCUUGAAUCAUCAGCAAACAGGAACAGCCAUGUCUACCUUCACCAAAACCUAUCUUUGUAAAAUCUCCUUUGCUUCAGGGAGAACAGAGCCCACAGUCCACUCAUUGUUCAUCAGAAUCUUGACAGCAAUUGGCCUUAUAAUUCUUAGUAGGGUUGCCCAACUAUGGUUAAAUGCAUUCCUGAGGUUAAUUACAUGAUUCCCCACCCCAUCUAAUUCAACAUUUUUAUGUGCGAUGAUGUGUGUCCCUGGGCUUGCUCAUUGCUCCAGUCUGGCCUUCAAUCUCUGGGCAAUCCUAGAAGAACUUGCUGUAAUCGAGUCUCAGAGAUGGAGACCACACCCUGGCUGCAGUUGCUUUUUGAGCCAUUACCAAGAAAAUUCACAAGUGAAUUUUGAGUCUGCAGCUUUGGAACUGUACCCGAGUGAGAGUCAGCCUCUAAAUUGUUGUAUGGCUGAAUGUAGUAGUGGGUGUUUGUUGGUGGGGGAGGGGGAGGGGGGGGGGCGGUAGUGAGGGAGAAUACCAAACUGCUUUGAGCCCCACAGGUUUUCAGAAUUUGCAUGUCACUGUUAGAUUCUCCUAAAUACAAAUGCACAUGGGGGGAAUAGUAUCUCAUCCCAUGUUACCAACUUCUUUGAGUUUGUCAAUAAAUCUUUUAUUAAAAGUUAA